UUAGCGCACGAUAGCGAAGAGAAACAUCGGACAAGCACUCUAGCAUCGUGGCCAUAACAAAUUGCGACACACCAACAUACAAUAUCUAUUAAAUAUUGAGACAUUCGAGAUUGAUGAGAAUUGGGAUAUUGAUACGAUAAUACAUCUUUCGAUCUGCGACUCUCAUAUUUUAACAAACCGGCGCAAUGCCGGCUACCACUUCUGGCGCUGAUACAAAGGCCAAUGGAACUGCAAAAUCGCGAGAACAUAACCAAGGGAACCAGGACCGCAAAUAUACAAUUGAGCAAAAGGCUGCGGUGGUGAGGGUUAGACGAUGUGCGCCCACGGCAUUUUACGAUAUUUUGGGACUUGAGGAAGUAAAAGCAACGGUGACGGAAACGGAGAUCAAGAAGGCUUAUAGAAAAUUGAGUCUGUUAACCCAUCCGGAUAAGAAUGGACACGAACAUGCCGAUGAGGCUUUCAAGAUGGUUAGUCGGGCAUUUGGUGUUCUGAGUGACAAGGACAAGAAAACGAAGUACGAUAAGUUUGGCGGGGAUCCAGAUAGUAGAUUUGGUGGAGGAGCGCCGCAAUCAAAUCCUUUCUCGGGAUUUUCGCAGAGGAGUGCUGGAGGAGGGGCUGCUGCAAGAGGUGGUGGCAGGUCUAUGUGGGAAGAGGAGAUCAGUCCUGAAGAGAUGUUCCAGAGAUUCUUUGGAGGAGGAGGUUUUGGUGAGUCUCCCGAGCCUGGAAAAGUUUUUGGAAGCUAAUGAGUUGUUAGGUGGUGGUGGGAUGUUUAACGAUCAGCCUGGGUUUGUCUUCAAUCUCGGUGGUGGACCUGGUAUUAGAGUACAUCAGUUCGGAGGUCCAAGGCCAAGGCGGAGACCAAGAGAUCCAAACGCACCGCCAGAAGCUCCGGCUUCGUUGACUCAGACCCUUAUAAGCUUAUUACCACUCUUAUUACUUUUCGGCAUACCAUUAUUAUCAUCACUCUUUUCCGGAGAAGGAUCUAGCGGUCCUUCCAUGCGGUUCGAUAAUCCUAUACCACCGCAUACCGACCACAGGGUCAGUUCGAGAAUGAACGUCGAUUAUUACGUGAAUCCCGCCGAGAUCAAGGGUUAUAGUACACAUAAACUAGCACAACUGGACCGGCAAGCCGAGGUUGAAUUUGUGCAACGAUUAAAGGUUAUGUGUGAACAAGAAGUACAACAACGAAACCAAUUACUCCAGGAAGCCCAAGGCUGGUUUAGUACCGAUGCGGAUAAAAUUCAACGCGCUAGAGAUAUGCCAAUGUCGAGCUGCAGGAAAUUGGAAGGUAUGGGUGUUAGAAAUCAAUACUGAGUGUAUCUUCAUAUUUACACGCUUAUGUGUUAUAUCUGCUUUGUAGCAAGGCGUUCGGGGUAGGAGCAUUAUGAGAAAGACUGAACGAAUGACUUUUAUAGGAGGGUCUUGUUAAUGCUAUAAUAGACGACGAAUAUUCAAUAUAAUACUGUGAGCGUAUAUU